GCAACUUCUGGAGGAGAGCACAGAAAGAUUGAUAGAGAUGGAGAAUAUACUAGAGGACAAGAAUAAAGAGAUGGAGGAGACAACACAACAACUAGAGGAGAAGAACAAAGAGAUGGAUGAGACAACACAACAACUAGAGGAGUGGCUGGAAGAGGUGGAGAGAAUGACACAACAGCUAGAGGAUAAGAACAGAGAGAUGGAUGAGACAAAACAACAGCUAGAGGAGAAGAACAGAGAGAUAACUGAGAAAAACAAAAAACUAGAGGAGGACAAUAGGAUGCUUCAGGAGAAUGACAAACAACUAACAGACAAAGAUGUGGAAAUGGAGGAGAUGAACAGAUGUCUUAAUGAGAGAGACAAACAGAUAGAAGAGAGAGAAAACAUAAUAAAGGAGAGAGACAAGAAGAUAGUGGAGAAAGACAAACAAUUAGAGAUGAAAGACAAGCUCCUGGAGGGAAAGGAGUCACAGAUUAAAGAUGGAGAAGAUAAUUUCAAGGAGAAGAUGCAACUUCUGGAGGAGAGCACAGAAAGACUGAUGGAGAUGGAGAAGAUACUAGAGGACAAGAACAAAGAGAUGGAGGAGACAACACAACAACUAGAGGAGAAGAACAAAGAGAUGGAAGAGACAACACAACAACUAGAGGAGAGGCUGAAAGAGGUGGAGAGAAUGACACAACAUGUAGAGGAGACGAACAGAGAGAUGGAGAAGACCAAACAACAACUAGAGGAGAAGAACAAAGGCAUGGAGGAGACAAAACAACAACUAGAGGAAAGUGUGACACAACAGCUAGAAGAGAAGAACAGAGAGAUGGAGAAGACAAAACAACGGUUAGAGGAGAAGGACAGAGAGAUGGAUGAGACCAAACAACAGCUAGAGGAGAAGAACAGAGAGAUGGAUGAGACACAACAACAGUUAGAAGAGAAGAACAGAGAGAUAAUGGAGAAAGACAAAAAACUAGAAGAAGGCAGUAGGAUGCUUCAGGAGAAAUACAAACAACUAAAAGACAAAGAUGUGGAAAUGGAGGACAGGAACAGACUCCUUAAUGAGAGAGACAAACAGAUAGAAGAGAGAGAAAACAUAAUAAAGGAGAGAGACAAGAAGAUAGCAGAGAAUGAGAAAAACUCACAGGAGAAAGACAAACAAUUAGAGAUGAAAGACAAACUCCUGGAGGGAAAGGAGUCACAGAUUAAAGAUGGAGAAAAUAAUCUCAAGGAGAAGAUGCAACUUCUGGAGGAGAGCACAAAAAGACUGAUGGAGAUGAAGAAGAUACUGGAGGACACGAACAAAGAGAUGGAGGAGACAACACAACAACUAGAGGAGAAGAACAAAGAGAUGGAUGAACAGACAUAUUAA